CAGUUUUGAAAAUUGCUGUAGCUUAGCCUGAGACGUUUGUGAUUAGCUGCACCAAUUUGAAAUGGCCAAUUUGGAUGAUGACAGAACCUCCUCUGCGCAUGCUUUUUUAAAAUUUGGUUCAAUUUAUGAGCCACUUAAAAGUAUUAACCUUCCAAAACCAGAGGGGGGAAGUCUGUGGGACAAAUUAGAUCAUUAUUACAGAAUUGUUAAGUCAACGUUGCUGCUUCAUCAAAGCCCCACCACAGGUCUGUUUCCUACAAAGACAUAUGGGGAUAACCAAAAGGCAAAAGUACACGACAGUCUUUACUGUGCUGCAUGUGCCUGGGCAUUAGCCCUUGCUUACAGGCGUAUUGAUGAUGACAAGGGAAGGACUCAUGAACUGGAGCAUUCUGCUAUAAAGUGUAUGAGAGGAAUUCUCUACUGCUACAUGCGUCAGGCCAAUAAGGUUCAGCAAUUUAAGCAAGACCCCAAACCAUCUGAAUGUCUUCAUUCUGUUUUCAGUGCACACACUGGAGAUGAGGUCUUUUCCCAUAAGGAAUAUGGUCACCUUCAGAUAAAUGCAGUGUCGUUAUUUCUCCUCUAUUUGGUUGAGAUGAUCUCUUCGGGGCUGCAGAUUAUCUACAAUACAGAUGAGGUGUCCUUCAUUCAAAAUCUUGUGUUUUGCGUGGAAAGAGCCUAUCGUGUACCAGAUUUUGGUGUCUGGGAAAGAGGAAGUAAAUACAACAAUGGCAGUCCAGAGCUGCAUUCAAGCUCCGUGGGGCUGGCAAAAGCAGCUUUAGAAGCAAUUAAUGGCUUCAAUCUCUUUGGAAAUCAGGGUUGCUCUUGGUCUGUUAUAUUUGUGGAUUUUGAUGCCCAUAACCGUAACAGACAGACUCUCUGUUCAUUGCUACCUCGAGAGUCAAGGUCUCAUAAUACUGAUGCAGCCCUUUUGCCCUGCCUUAGUUAUCCUGCAUUUGCUUUGGAUGAUGAGGUUUUGUUCGGUCAAACACUAGAUAAAAUUAUUAGAAAAUUGAAAGGAAAAUAUGGAUUUAAAAGAUUUCUGAGAGAUGGGUACAGAACAGCGCUGGAGGACAAAACACGACGUUAUUAUAAACCAGCAGAAAUUAAGCUUUUUGAUGGCAUUGAGUGUGAAUUCCCUCUGUUUUUUAUUUUCAUGAUAAUUGAUGGAGUUUUUAGAGGAAAUCCUGCACAAGUAAAGGAAUAUCAGGAUCUUCUGGAUCCUUUGCUUCAACGUACAUCUGAAGGGUGUCCUGUUGUACCCAAGUAUUACUAUGUGCCAGCGGAUUUUGUUGAACUGGAAAAGAAGAACCCUGGCAGUCAGAAACGGUUUCCUAGUAACAGUGGACGCGACGGAAAGUUUUUCUUGUGGGGACAGGCAGUUUACAUCAUUGCAAAACUCCUAGCUGACAAAUUAGUAAGUCCUAAAGAUAUUGACCCAAUUGGACGUUAUAUACCUCCACAAGAUCAGCGGAACGUUAGCAUGAGAUUUUCAAAUCAGGGCCCUUUGGAAAAUGAUUUGGUAGUACGUGUGGCCCUGAUAGCAGAAAGUCAGCGCCUACAAGUUUUUCUGAACACAUAUGGAAUCCAAACUCAGACCCCCCAGCAGGUGGAACCAAUUCAGAUAUGGGCUCAAAAAGAACUUGUCAAAGCUUACUUCCAUUUGGGAGUCAAUGACAAACUGGGAUUAUCUGGAAGACCGGACAGGCCUAUAGGAUGCCUUGGAACAUCAAAGAUUUAUCGAAUACUAGGAAAGACUGUAGUUUGCUACUCGAUCAUUUUUGAUCUAAGUGAUUUCUACAUGUCCCAGGAUGUUAUGAUGUUGAUUGAUGACAUUAAGAAUGCACUGCAGUUCAUUAAGCAGUAUUGGAAAAUGCAUGGUCGUCCCCUGUUUGUUGUACUUAUCCGUGAAGACAAUAUAAGAGGGAGCAGAUUCAAUCCAAUAUUAGAUAUGUUGGCAGCCUUUAGAAAGGGAAUUGUUGGAGGAGUGAAAGUUCAUGUUGACAGAGUACAGACAUUAAUAUCUGGAGCAGUUGUUGAACAACUUGACUUCCUAAGAAUCACUGAAACAGAAGAGGCUCCUGUAUUUAAGAGUUUGGAGGAGUUGGAUCUUCCAAAACAUUUAAAAGUCAAGAGACAGUCUAGUACUCCAAAUGCUUCUGAACUUGAGCAGCAACCAGAUGUAAAUAUUAAUGACUGGAAAAACAAGUCAACAUAUGAGAUCCUGCAGAAACUUAAUGACUGCAAUUGCCUAGCAAGUCAAGCGUUACUCUCGAGUAUAUUGCUUAAAAGGGAAGGACCGAAUUUUAUCACCAAGGAAGGUACUGUUGCUGAGCAUAUUGAAAGAAUCUAUAGACGAGCUGGCAGCAAAAAGCUCUGGUUGGUGUUGCGCUACAGUGCUGCAUUUGCACAGAAAUUUUCUUCUUCUAUAGCCCCACAUAUUACUACUUUACUGGUACAUGGGAAACAGGUGACACUUGGAGCUUUUGGCCAAGAGGAAGAAGUUAUUUCUAAUCCGUUAUCCCCAGGAGUGAUUAAGAACAUCAUCUAUGAAAAAUGUCAUUUACAAGAUCAAAGAGAAGCCGUAGUUCAGCAGGAACUUGUCAUACAUAUUGGCUGGAUCAUCUCAAAUUCACCUGAACUUUUCAGUGGCAUGCUGAAGAUACGGAUUGGAUGGAUUAUCCAUGCUAUGAAGUAUGAAUUGAAAAUCCGUGCUGGGGAUAUGCCAACUAAAGACUUAUACCAGAUGUCCCCUAGUGAAGUGAAGCAGCUUCUGCUGGAUAUUCUUCAACCACAGCAGCAGGGAAGAGGCUGGCUAAACAGAAGACAGAUAGAUGGUUCUCUCAACCGAACUCCUGCUGGAUUCUAUGAUCGGGUGUGGCAGAUCUUAGAGAGAACCCCUAAUGGUUUAAUAGUGGCAGGGAAAUUUUUACCACAGCAACCAACCUUAUCGGAUAUGACGAUGUAUGAAAUGAAUUUUUCCCUUCUAGUUGAAGAUAUGCUGCAAAAUAUUGACCAGCCGGAAUACAGGCAAAUUAUUGUAGAGUUGUUGAUGGUUAUAUCUGUUAUUUUGGAGAGAAACCCUGAGCUGGAGUUCCAGGGCAAAGUGGACUUGGACAAAGUGGUGCAAGAAGCAUUUAAUGACUUUCAGAAAGAUCACAGCAGUCCAAAGGGAGCUGAAAAACAAGAUCACAUGACUGCAUUCUACAACACUCACCCAAUGGGAAAAAAGGGAACAUGCAGCUACUUGAGUAAAGCUGUGAUCACUUUAUUGCUGGAAGGGGAAAUGAAACCAAGCAAUGAUGAUCCUUGUACUGUUAGCUAAAGCUUGAAACACAACAUAGGAAUUGUUGCUUUAUUUAGUGUUCUAUUAUUUUUCAUGCAUGUAUUAAAAUACUGUUUUGAAGAGUAACCCUGGCUAGUAAUACAAAUGUAUGCUAUCCUUUGCUAAAAGAAGUGCCAUUAAAGAUACUAAGUGCCACCUAAUUUUUUCCUUUCUCAACUAUGCAGCACGAAACUCUGAGCACAUGAAGUUAGUCCUAUGAUAUUUGAUUAAGUUGAAUGGGACUGUAUUUAUGAUCUUAAAUUAUGCAUUUAACAUAGUUGGUAACUUCAAGAGAAAUGCAGUAUGAGAUUUUGUCUUUGUAAUUAUAAAUAGAGGUAUAAACAAGUUUUUCUGUAUCAGUUCAAUUGACAAUGUACAUUUAGGGUUUUUUUUUAAUUUACCAGUUGAUAACUUGAUAUACAGGUUUCAUCUGAAUAGAGCAACUUUAUAUCUCUAGCAAUAAAUAUCACUGCGGUUUCCCAAUUGUUGUUUAAACAUCUGUAAGUUAACAAGGGAAACGUAUGGUAACAAGAUAAAAGUUUGUUUAAAAAAAAAGGGCAAACAAAUUGUAUUUAAAAUUAACAUCAAUGAAGAAAAAACUUUGUUACAUAAUAUAUCAAUGCAUGAAAGAAUUCAAGAUACACUUAUUUGCUUCCUAAAUGUGUGAAAAUACUGUAUGCUAUAUGCUUUAUUUUGGUGAAAUUAAUAAAAAGUAAAUGCUUGUAAAAAAAACCUGUCAAUAAAAAUAAGUUACAUGCAAA